GAUUGCCCCAGUUCGAGAAGAAUUUUGUCUUUUAUUCGACUUUACCAUCAGCCAGUGCGAUUGUACUUCGUUCUGCUGAACGCAGCAAUGAAUGGUAACAUUAUGGUGAAAUGUGAACCGAUCACCGAAGAGUCGGAACUGUUCAACAGUCUUGUGGCGGAUGGGAACGAUGAUUUGCAGCAGCUUCAAGCGCAGCAACAAGAUUUACGUUUGCUGUGUAUCUAUAAGUUAAAGGUACCGGAAGAAACAGUGGAUCUACUGGAAGCACAACAGAUAAACGUUGAAUGUUUGCAUAAAAUGCGUAUCGAAGACGUUGACGUCCUUUUCGAUGGAAAGCCUCUCGGUUGGAAGAUCAUAUUUCGGGAAGCAUUUCUCGAGUGGCGCGAAGAGAUAGGCCUUCCAUGCAAGAGCAUUAAAUCGCUGUACUGUCGCAAACGGCCCAACGAAUCGUACGAUUCACUGGCGGAAAACUCGCUGAAAGACCACCAAACAUCGUCCCAGCACUGGGUGGAUUGUUUUCCACCGUCGCCACAGCUGUUACAUGAAAAGGAAGUCCCCACACAGCAUGAAAAUGAUCCAUUGUUCUAUCGAACGUACCGGUGGCCUAUGACACCGAACACGUUAAAGGAUGUGUUGAACAGUACAUCUUUUGGCCGUUCCAUCCUCUCGAUGGGAUGCCUCGGUUUGUUGGGAAAAUCGUUACAGUACCAACUGUCCGCCAUCAUUAUUGACUAUCAUAUGGCAUACGAGACGAAAAUUACCACACCGCAUCUGGAAAACUACGCGUACUGCAUUACCACACUGUUUCCUCACGAAAAUGUGACAACCUACUACAUUCCUCGCGGUCCCAGCAGACGUAAUCCGGGAGGAUCGCUCUAUUCGCGCUUUAUCAACCAGAAAAUUAGUAAAAAAGCGCUUGCCAUCGGAAAUUCAAUAGCUGCAUCGUAAGAAUUGCAAUUCACUAGAAUUUAGAAAUCUGCAAGUGAUGGGUUCUCUGGAGCGUACCAACGGUUCCACAUCAAAUUCAAUUAGUGUGAUUCUGACUUUGGAAUUCGUCCGUUAAAAUUUCGGACGAUUUCGACGGCUCUGAUUGCAAUAACCUUUCAGAACGGGUUUAAAAAUAAUUUGGAAAUAGUUCCGACUUUUUAUCAAUUUUACCUAUCUCUAGAUUAGAGCAUCUACACAUUUCGCUUUUUAACUAGGAUAUUCAGAGCACGUGUGUGAGUGUAUGCAAUGAUCCAAAAAAAAUUUACCAUAGUGUGUUUGUUGUGUUUUGAAUAGGAUUAAUAAGCACUUUUUAAUAACCUGUAAAUAUGUACCAGCUGGCGAUCUCGGUUACUUCACGAUAUAAUAUUAUAAGGUAGCGAAUAAGUAUGUAUUUUGUUUAUAUAAAUGUUUAGGAGAAAAUUUCUGCAUUUUAAUUUCUAGACAAUCGCUUCAUCUUCACUACUGCCAUGGUACACAAAAAGUUUAAAUGUACAGCAAAACCCAAGAUAUGGUGCAGCCGAAUCGUACCGGUAGGUGGUAGUGUAUAGAAUUAGGAUGCGUAGGAACUUCUAUGUGCAUUAUGUACAAUGUUCUAUCCUAAAUGUUUAACGAAAAAUAGAAAUCUGUAAACGUGAAGCAACUGAUACGAGGUUUUUUGCCCUUUUGUACGAUGCACAUCGAAUGCAUUUUUGUGCGCCGCAUUCCAUUGAU